AUCCACAGUUCCACACUGGAUUCAAAUACCGAACCGUAGUCAGGGUGUUAAAUGGCAAUAUCUUAAACACCGUUGGAACUUGGAAGUUUUAUUUCUUCCGACCCGGGUCUUCUUAAAACUGUAGCUCGCGUCUUACGGAGCGGGCGCUGAAUUUGUCGAGAAGGCGAGGGAGUUGGGGUGUUUCGAAGGGGGACGAUAAUGCAGAAGAGGGAGCAGGGAAAGGUAGGCGGAGCGGCAGGUGGCGCCGCUCCUCAGCCGGCGAAACGUGGUCGUCCUUUUGGUAGCGGAAGUAGCAACGCCGCCGCUGCUGCGGCAGCAGCCGAUUCGGCGGCACCGUCCACCCUCCUGGGUCCAUCUCUCCAAGUCCAUAGCUCUUUCGCCGAUCAGAAUAACAAAAGGAUAGUUUUGGCUCUUCAAAGUGGAUUGAAGAAUGAGUUGACAUGGGCACUAAACACUCUUACAUUGCUAUCUUUCAAAGAAAAGGAUGACAUGCGCAGGGAUGCAACCCCUCUUGCUAAAAUACCUGGGUUGCUGGAUGCUCUUCUUCAAGUUAUAGAUGACUGGCGGGAUAUAGCUCUUCCAAAAGAACUUGCAAAGGCACCUAGGUUCAGAUUGUUGGGUGCAAAUUCUGUAGUUUCAGGAUUUGGGAACGAGUAUGAGGCAUUAUGCUCAAAUGAUGGUGCUCUCAAUUCUGGCACUGGAUCUAGUUCAUCCAAUACAGAGGUAUCAAACCAGAAGAGCAUGGCCAAGAACGGUCCAUUGGAAUGGUUUGAUGAAGAUGGCCUGUUUAAUCUGGAUGACGAGGGGCGUGCAGAAAAGCAACAGUGUGCUGUUGCUGCUUCAAAUAUAAUCCGGAAUUUCUCUUUCAUGCCUGAUAAUGAGGUGAUUAUGGCCCAACAUCGACAUUGCUUGGAAACAGUAUUUCAAUGCAUAGAAGAUCACAUCACAGAGGAUGAGGAACUUGUAACAAAUGCACUUGAGACAAUUGUGAAUUUAGCGCCAUUGCUGGACCUCCGAAUUUUCAGCUCCUCCAAGCCGUCCUAUAUCAAAAUAACUGAGAAAAGUGCAGUUCAAGCCAUCAUGGGGAUGCUGGGAUCCUCCAUCAAAGCCUGGCAUUGUGCUGCUGCUGAAUUGCUUGGCCGCUUGAUAAUAAAUCCUGAUAAUGAACCAUUCCUUCUUCCUUUUGCUCCUCAGAUAUAUAAGCGCUUAAUUGAUCUAGUAAGCUUACCAGCGGUAGAUGCACAAGCUGCAGCUGUUGGAGCUCUUUAUAAUCUUUCAGAAGUCAACAUGGACUGCAGGCUGAAGCUUGCGAGUGAGAGAUGGGCUGUUGAUAGGCUAUUGAAAGUGAUUAAGACGCCACACCCUGUCCCAGAAGUCUGCCGCAAAGCAGCAAUGAUACUGGAGAGCCUUGUUUCAGAACCACAGAACAGGGCCCAUCUCCUAGCUUAUGAGAAUGCCUUUGCAGAGAUUCUAUUCUCGGAUGGUAGAUAUUCUGACACCUUUGCCAGGAUACUAUAUGAGUUGACUUCACGGCCUAACAACAAAGUGGCCAUGGCCCGUGGUGCUUGGGGCAUGUAGUCAAAACCCAGCCUGGUCAGUGCCAUCUAGUAGCUUUUCUCAUUCUGGAGACACUCAGCUAAUAGUCAUGUCUUGAUAUUUGUUAUGGGUAGUGUGAACAUACUUAGAUCUUGGUUAGUCAGUUAAGCACUACCCAUGAUAAUUACCAUACGUUAUAAAAGGAGGUCCUCACCCUGAUAAAUUGCUAGUUGCCCAUUUUCACGAGUUUACACUUGUCAUAUUGUUACUCUAUGUUGUUGUAUAUAUAGAACUGUUUCUUCUGUCAGUUAUACCUGAUCAUAUCAGUUUGCAGGAGUGGGCAGUUCGAAGCCUAUAGAAGCAUUCUAUUCCUAUAAUGACUAUAGGCACAGGAAGUUUCAGUUAAGGUCCUGUCUAUUUUUCCGAGUUUGAAUUCUCAAAAUAAGAUCCAUUUUAAAGUUUA